GUGAGGUUUUUGAGGGGGGAGGGAGAGAGAAUACAUGCCAUCUGUUGUACUCGCAGCACUGUUCGGGUUUCCCAAAGCUCUCUCUUUUACUGUUGGGUUUGGUCUAUUGUGCAGGUGAGGAGGAGGCCAAAGGCAACUUCCUUUUCCCCAGUCUUCCACGAUUCUCUCUCUUUUUCUCUCUGCAAAACCCAUUAAGCUUCUUCAAAUUAGAACCCUGAUUCCUGGUUUUUUUUCCUUGAUCUUGUUUGCACGUUGCUCAGGAAAAUGCAUUGCAAAGGAAUUACUGGAUGUUUUAGCCUAAGUUCAGCAAGUCAAAGGCUGGGUGAUAUGAUUUUAUACGGACUGAAUGGCAGAUCAAUCAAGAAGAUGAAGUUCAUUAGUUUCUUUUGUACAAUUGAUUUAUGAGUAGAGAAAUCUGGUAACUCUUUACCACAUUGAUUUCCAAUGUGGUAGACCUUGCCUUUUCUGAUGCUAAUUAUAUGUAGGGCAGAGGAAAUAGAAUGUAGAUAAUUGGAACUGCAAUCAGUUGGUAGAGAUGUUACUGAGCCAAGAAAUUGAGGAUUUGUGUGAUGAUGGCUUUGAGGGAUCAAAUGAUGAGCGCAGUAUUUUCCGAGAGGUCUUGUUUGGGAAUGACACUGAUCACACUACUAAGACGUGUCUUGUUACUGGAGUAAUUAACUUAGAUUGUGAGUCUGGUAAGAAUACAGAUACAUCAUUCUGUUCUAACAGUGAAAACUCAGUUGUAACAAGUCAGUCUUCCUCUAAAAAUAUACAUCUAGAGGACUUUUAUAACAUAUCUGAGGAUUUUAGAGAGAAUUCUGCGCCAGGGUGUUCUCCGGACAGAAUCUCCUCGGUAGAGAGGAAUGAUGAGGAUGCGAGUGUCAAGCGAAUGAAGUUUUCAGUUGAUGAACUGCCUAAUACCAGAACUGGUUCAGGAAAGAUUUCCAAUUCAUCAGUGAUUCCGAAAGAAAUUGUUUCUGGCAUGUUCUGUCCUGCUGGAGACUCUGUUUGUGAAACGUCGACUUUCCACUUAGUUGAAUCAUCAAGUCAUGGUGUCACAUCUAGUUCGUAUAUGUUGAAGCAACAUGUGGAAAUGGACAGACAGGGCAUUGUGAGUGACCUAAAUGUUCUUAAGAGUAGAUUGCCAGGCUUGGAUGGGAAUGACGGAAAAGAAGUAGUUGUAAGUAAAGCCAUCGCUUCACCCGUUUCCCAGGAGAGCUUUGCAACCAGAUUAUUGACUGCAUGCCCAUCUGUCCCUGUUUCGGAGAAGUCUGGAUCUGUACAUGCUGAGGAAAGACCAAAGCUAUUAGAAUCUCCUAAAAUGGAUGAAUCUAAUUUGUCUCCAAAGAUAGACCCUAUGAAGGAUCCUCGCUCUCUUCUCCAGUACCAUGUCAUUAACUUACUCGAGGCAGCAGGAUGGUGUAUUGAGAGGCGUAAAAGACCUAGUAGGCGUUAUUUGGAGUCGGUCUAUAUAACACCAAAGGGAAGGCCAAUUCGUGAAUUCCCUAAGGUUUGGAGGUUAUGCGGUGAGCUUUUAUUUGAAGAUAGGCAUAUCUUUAUGCAGGAAAACAAGUGUAAGGAAUGGGCUGAUUUUAGUCAGUUCUAUUCAGAUCUUUCUGAUACAUUGAUAAAUAUUGAGAAAGAAACGACCCAUUUGGAAAGUGCUAGCAGAUUGGUUCAUCGGUGGAGGCUUUUAGAUCCCUUUGUAACUGUUGUAUUUAUUGAUAGAAAAAUUGGUACAUUGAGAAAGGGAGAGGUAGUUAAAGCAACUCAAAGUCUGCUGAUUGAUAAGAACAAGAAAAGUGAUACUAUUUUGGCCUUGAAAAAUUGUGUUGAACACCAGUUUCCUCUGAGACAGGUGUCAGCUGAAAGUUCAUUGACAGUCUUUGGAAGGAAUUACCAUGCAUGCUGUCAACAAGUCUCAAAAUAUGGCGGACAAACAAAUAAUGGGCCAGUGGAACUUCUGACAGGUUUAUCUAUGUAUAAGGCUGAUGGUAUGUGUUUGGUGCAUGCUGUCAAUGGGAUGGGAAAUCAGUGUAGUGGAAUCUCUGGGAACAAAAUAAACAGUCAGGAUUUGACUUCCUUACCAGCUUGUGGGUCUGAUAGCACAUUUUCCCAGUCAGGUAUUUCUCGCUACGAUGUCCUUGUUACUUCCAGAAACUGUAACAAUAUGCUUGGAGGGUCUGGAGCUGUUUCCUCUCAUCAGAAUAGUAAUAUGAAUUCACCAAGCUCUGAUAAGCAGAUUUCUGAACAUAAUGUGGGGACACUUACAGAAGUUGCGGAAGAUGUGUUGUUGGAAUCUUUGGAGGAGAAAGAUAAAUUGCCGGAAGGCCAAGUUACUGAUAAAGUGAAAAGUCAGCUGCAGGGGUCAUUGGUUGACCAUCCAAACUGCACAACUGAUAAUCUGGAUUAUUCUCAGGACUCACAGGCAGUUUGGCAGUCUCAACAUAGUGAACAAGAGGGUGGGCAGUGCUCUGAAGCGUCGAAGUUCAAAAUGGCAGAUACGUUUUCUCCAGUAGAUGUUAUUUUGAAAAGGAAGAUCCGCAGGAAGUCUAAAAAGAUAUCUGAAAUCAAAUUGAGCACAUUAUACCAAAGUGAAAUUUUGGGUGCAACAUCUACUGAUAAGGCUGACUUGCCCAAUAGCAAAGCACAUUGCACUCACAUAGAGUUGAAAGAGGUGCAGGAGUACCUCAUUGCAGGUACUUCUAUGAAUACUAGAAAUAGAGGAAGUUACAAGAACUCCUCGUCCUUAAGUUCUUGCCAGCUUCAAGUUGAGAAAAGAUGCUCAAGGUCAAAGAAAAGACGAUGUGCUCAUAAUGGUUCUAGAACUGGAAAAAAGAAAUCAUGUGAAAUUGACGAUGAUGACCUCUUGGUUUCAGCCAUUAUAAAAAAUAAGGAUUGCAGCCCAAGUACUGCUCGAUAUUCUGCGAAAAUAAAAGCCUGCAAGUUAAGAUCUCGGAGAAAGCUUAAAAGCCAAAAGAGUCGUUGCAGGUUGCUUCCACGAAACCUGGGUAAUGGGGGGAAGCACUUUAAGGAUGGAAAGUGGCAUUCUGCUGGAGAAAGAACUGUGUUGUCAUGGUUGAUUGAUGCUGGAGUCAUUUCUCUGAAUGAUGUGAUCCAGUAUCGGAACCCCAAGGAUGAUUCUGUUGUUAAAGAUGGUCUGAUUACCAGGGAUGGCAUUAUUUGUAAAUGCUGCAGUAAGGUGCUUACACUAUCUGAGUUCAAGAUCCAUGCAGGGUUCAAACUAAACCGUCCCUGCUUGAAUCUUUUCAUGGAGUCUGGUAAGCCCUUCACAUUAUGCCAGCUUCAAGCCUGGUCUGCUGAAUACAAGAUCAGGAAAAGCAGGACCCAGGUGGUGCAAGCUGGUGAGGAUGAUCAAAAUGAUGAUUCAUGCGGGCUGUGUGGUGAAGGAGGCGAGUUGAUAUGCUGUGAUAACUGUCCCUCUACUUUUCAUCAGGCUUGUUUGUCCACAGAGGAGCUCCCUGAAGGCAGCUGGUACUGUCCAAAUUGCACCUGUCAGAUAUGUGGGGAAUUGGUUAAUGAUAAAGAAGCUUCAAGUUCUUCUGAUGCAUUAAAAUGUUCACAGUGCGAGCAUAAAUAUCAUGAGGCAUGCAUGAAAGGAAAAGGUGUAUAUGCAGGAGCAGUAUCGGAUACUUGGUUUUGUGGUGAAAGCUGUCAUGAGGUUUACUCUGGUCUUCAGUCUCGUGUUGGACUUGCCAAUCAUGUUGCUAAUGGUUUUUCGUGGAUGCUUCUUAGAUGCAUUCAUGAUGACCAAAAGGUUCAUUCUGCCCAACGUUUUGCAUUGAAGGCAGAAUGCAAUUCAAAAUUAGCUGUUGCUAUUGCUAUCAUGGAGGAAUGCUUUGUGUCCAUGGUGGAUCCAAGAACAGGCAUAGACAUGAUACCCCAAGUUUUGUACAAUUGGGGGUCAGAUUUUGCACGUCUAAAUUUUUAUGGUUUUUACUCAGUGGUCUUGGAGAAAGAUGACGUGCUGAUUUCUAUUGCAUCCAUCAGGGUGCAUGGCACUACAGUUGCAGAGAUGCCUCUUAUUGCUACUUGCAGUCAAUACCGCCGCCAGGGAAUGUGUCGAUGCCUUAUGAUUGCUAUUGAAGAGAUGCUAAUAUCUUUCAAGGUGGAAAAGCUUGUGAUAGCUGCCAUUCCAAAUUUAGUGGAGACAUGGACAGAGGGUUUUGGCUUCAAACCUUUGGAAGACAACGAAAAGAAAAAUCUGAAUAAGAUCAACUUGAUGGUUUUUCCUGGAACAGUUUUGCUCAAAAAACCCUUGUAUGAAAUUCAAAAGGCAGAUAGACAUUCUGAACCAGGUGAUAAAUCACCCUCAAGAGCAGAUGAAUCAACUAAAAUGGAAGAGUCCCUGCAGAAAUCUGGUGGAAACUCCUGCAGCAAGAAAGUCGGUGCUAAAUCGAUAAUUGAACCUGUUGAAGGCAAGAAUUUGCAAGAAUUUGAAACUGAAAGUGAACUGGCAGCCAUUGAUGGUGAUAUGGGACAAGUAGAUGCAUCCUCAAUUGGAGGAGAAGAAUCUACUUUCCAUUCCGGAGGAGAGCUCAAGAUCGAGUCUGUACAGCAAGAUGGAUACUUUUUUGCUAACCAAGUCGUUACGGAAACGGAGAUUGGACGUGCGGAAGGCAACGAUCUGCAGGAGUUAUUAAAAGGUGGUGCAGAAAUGGAAACCAGACUUGUGGAUGCAAAUUUGCAGGAAUCUGAAGAUGGAGCUAAAACGGAAAUCAUUCAAUCUAAUGGAAACUGUUGCACAAAUGAAGUUGAUGCUCAAUUGGAUAUCAAGCAUACAGAAGGCAAGGAAAUGGAAGUAGGUGAAAGCCAAGUAAAUACUCUGCAGGACCAAUUUUCAGAACUGUCCUGUGUGGAGUCGGUUCCAACAUUAGGGGAUAGCCAGCCUAAAAUAGUUGUUGCUGGUAAUGAAUUCUAUGGUUUGUAUGAUGAAAGACAACUUUCUUUGGACGAACAGCCCCAGAAAGCCUGCGAGUUGAAUGAAAAGUAGAAAUUUAUUA